GUUCAACCUGUGAACCACUCAGAAUCUCAAUUCUCGGAUCGCAAUACACACAUCAGCAAAAAUGGCCCACAACCAGAACCCCGGAAACUUUGCCAACCGCCCCCAUGACGAGGUCGAGGGCAUUGCCCGCAAGGGAGGCCAAUCGAGCCACCAAGGUGGUUUCGCUAGCAUGGACGAGGAUAAACAGAGAGACAUCGCCUCGAAGGGCGGUCACGCUUCGUCAGGUAGCUUCCGCCCUGGAGACCCUCGGGCUAGGGAAGCUGGUCACAAAGGUGGACUUGCUUCUGGUGGAAGCUUUGAGCCUGGAGAUGAGAGAGCCAGGGAAGCUGGCCACAAGGGUGGAAAGGCUACUGGACACCCGGAGGAGUAAUUUUCUACAUGCUCUGAGUCGAUGGGUGAAACUUGUACUAUAGCAAACUAUCUUGUCA